UGACAGCAAGGUGGAAAACAGGUGUUAUUGCAGUAACCAAAGACAUUAAGAACAGAUUUCUGUGGGGUCUUUUUUUUUUUUUUUUGCGUCUGUUUACUCUUCUUUUUGGUGUGUUUGAGCGUCCCUUUGCUCCGUUUUCCUCCCCGGCGCUGAUGGAAAGGGCAUCCUGCUAGGGUCACCUGCGGCGCCAUGUCCGCCGCAACGAGCCGGCCAACUUCACACAGAUAACACAUCAUUUAACCCAACAAAGACGACAACAGCCUCCAGGACUGAUGGCUGCCCUCCGACAGCUGAGGCUUCUUCUCUGGAAGAAUGGACUGGGAGUCAUCAGACAGCCGUUAUGGUCCCUGACUCUGAUCGCCUGGCCUUUGGUCGUCUUCAUCCUCAUUGCUGUGACCCGCAACCAGUUUCCUGCCGUAGUACGAGACGCAUGUUAUGUUGGACCCCGUAACCUUCCCAGCACAGGCUUCUUCCCCUUCCUGCAGACCCUCAUGUGCAACACGGACAGCAACUGCCAUAACACCUCUCGUCUGGCGGACUCAUCUUCAUCACGGUCAUCAAGGGAUAGAAGGUCUGCCAACUCGGUGAAGACGUCCCCACUGGCAACUCUGAUUCAAGGAGGAGAUUUUUUCAAGUUUCCGUUCCCCAAUGGCUCACACAAUGAUCCUGCAGCACUGGUUAAGGUCAUGGAGAACAUGUUUGGAUCAUCUUACUCUGGAGACCACAAUAAUGUCACGCUCAUGAGUUCCAUGAACACCACUCUGCAUGAUCAGGAGACCUGGAACAAAAUGCUGGAGUCAGUGAACAUUAUGAAGAGGGCCAUCUGCACCGUGACCCUGCCCAUGAUAAACAGAACCUCACCCAGCACCUUCACCUAUGCCGUGGUCACUUUUUGCAAUAGCAACAACACCGUGUUUGAAGUAUCACUUAAUACAUUCAAUCAGCUAAUGACGGAGAUGAUGCUGACACAACCUGAUGAGAUGCUGUCGGUGGCCGGGAUGACGGUGUCGUUGUUCCAUCAGCUGCAAAAUGACACCUCGCUGUGGGAAAACCUUGUGGCGCUUCCCCAGCUCUUCUCUCCUGGUUCUGUCGACCAAGCACUGAACAGUACUAAAGCCUUGCUCACAAACAUACAGGGGGUCAUGCAUGUCAUCCAGAGAAAUUUCAACGAAACGGGUGCUGCAUUUGCCACCGUACAUCCAUUCCUUGCUGGAGGCAUCAACUUGCUUGACUACAUUCAAAACUGGCCUGGAAAAGAUGUCACCAUUUCCCUGGGAGAUGUUGUCACAAUGCACAAUGACACACUAAGUGACUUAGUGAAACGUGUCCUACAGGAGGUUCAGAUACCACUGGACAAGGCUGUCGGCCUGACGUUGGAUAAAGACAUGGUGCGUUCUUACCUGUGUGGCAACACCAGUGAGCAGUUGUGGCUAGCGACAGCGUGCAGCACAGGGGCUGUGGACAUGCUUCUCGGUUGGAUCAGCCCUGACAAGGUGGCGAAACAGACUCUCCUGGCUUGGAGCAAGCACGUGGCAGCACAUGAUCUGUCCUUUGCCAAAGGAUUGCUGCACAGUCUGAUGGGAGAUUUAUCCUCAGGAGUACAGGGAAGUUCCGGUGUCACAAGGUCCCAGCGUAGCAUAGACACGCAGCCACAAAACAUCGAGGAAGAGUUGUUUUUGGAAGUCGGUCAAGUACUGUUGGAGAUUGUGAAAAGUGAGCCUGAGCUGGACAUGGUUGUCCAGAGCGUCCUCAGAACUGGUUUUCAAUCCAUGAAGGCAGCAAAGCUGACUGUACAGACUGUAGAAGAAAUGAUGAACAAAGUCCUGGCAGAUGCAGAUCAGCUCCAACUGACGUAUCACAUGCUGCUGACAAACCAGUCUGAGGCAAGCAUGUGGAUCAACCGUGCCUUGGACAGUGUGAUGGAAAUGAUUAUGAAGACUCUUGAAUCAAAGCCUCCAGCAUGUGAAGAACUUCUCAGACCCUUCGAGUGGCUCUUAUCCACCGAGAGCGUAAAGGUGGAGGUUUGGAGAUCACUGAUCUGCCAAAACAGCUCCUCUCUACAGCAGGCUUUGAUGAUGGACUGGAUGACCUGGUUCCAAGAGGUGCAAGAAGUGUACAGCGCCCUCACAGGCCAAGCAGACUUUAAUGUAACACUUCCCAUGAUUCUGUCUGAGUGGCACGACUUGUAUAACAGCAGCCUGCAGUUUGGGGGAUUUUUGGACAGACUGCUCGCAGAGCUGGGAGGAGCAUACAGGAUGAACUGGAUUCCAGACAACACUUGGAAUGAUGUUACGGGAACACUUCAACAAAGUGUUGUCAUGUUCAUGGUGGACUUUGGAGAAAUGAUUGAGAACAGUGAGAUGUGGCCUGAGGUAAAGAACUAUUUCCACAUGAUUCACUGGAUUUUGAACUACAGGCCUGGAGUCGCUUCUCAGCCAGCCAACUGUUCUGUUGACACCCAGUCUUUAGCCCUUCAUUGCGAGACUGGUUUGAAGUGGCCACAGUUUGUUGAAACAAUCGUUCAGGCUCUGAUGUCACCGAGUCAGGAUGUAGUGGUGAAUUCCCUCAAAGGAGCUGUGAAUCUGCUGCAACAUGUGUAUGGGGACAUGUACAGUCACCUCAUAGCCUCGUAUUUAAAACAAGAGAUCAAAGGUGGAGAUGCUCUCUCUGACUCUCUGACUAACCUCAUGCUUGAACUGGAUGGCUUCGUCAAGACUAUCUCCAUUCUCCCCAACCAAAACAUCUCAGACCCCAAUGUCAUGGUUCCUCUGAUCAGCGACUUGCUCCAGUCCACAGGUCUGCAGCCACUGCUGCCUCUGCUCCUCCACGAGGGUCCCGUCAACAUCUCCACGGUGCUCCAUGUAGCCUCAAAGCUCAGCAGGUUCAACCAGCAUCUUUUCACCUUCAAUGAAACGGAUCCAACGAUGCCCGAACUGGAACAACUGAUAAUGCAGUUACUUUCCUUGGAGAGUAACCUCACAGUGUCUCUCCCGCACAUCAUGGGACAAAGUCUACUCAUGUAUUCCAGCCACCUGAACCCUGAUGAUGUGGCCCGUCUCAAAGAAGCCAUUCAGCCCUUCACCAACCAGACCUCAGCUGGCCUCGCUGAAGCCAUCCUCUGUGCCAUGGAGCUUCUGCAGACGAUGGUGGAUUCUCCAAAUGGUGACCCAACUGACAUCAUUCUCGGCUACCUACGUCAGCUCCAAGAGUUUGUGGUCUCUCUUUACAGACUGCGGCUAACUGAAGGCCUGAUACAAAGUGGGCAGCUGAACGUAAGCGAAGUCUCUGACCUCCACAUGGUUUCCAUGGACUUUCUCAACCUCCUCACACCUGAGGGCCUUCUGAACCUCACUCAGGCUGGACCAAAUGUUUCCCAGGACAUUGUUAUCAACAAGUUUGUAGCUUUCUUACCACCUCCUGUCCGAAGUGAUGCCAUUCACUUCCUCCAGGACUUCAAGGCUCUGCAAGAUGAGAUGACCAAAUGUUCAGAAGGCCAGAACUGUUUAGCUGGGUUUUCAGAGGUUUUCACAUUCCUGGAUCAAAUAGUGGAUAUGAUGCUGUCUGCCAAUGGGAGUGUCACUCUUGAAAUAGCCCCAAUCAAUUCAAUUCAAUCAAUGUUGAAACAUGAAGAAAUUUCAUCCACCUUCUUCUCACUCCUCCUGUCACCGGGUGAUGCUGCCAUCAUGGAAACAUUUAAACAGACCCUUCACUUCAUCAAACUGGUCAUGUCUACACCAAACAUCACAGUGUCCAGUGUCCAGAAUGCUCUGGAAUGGUCAAAUCUAACCAUGGAGGAGCUGAAUGGCAUUACUGCACUAGCUGGAGCUGCAAACAUAAGUGACCUAAUGGUAAAUGUGAUGGGGAUUGUAAAUGUUCAGCAGUGUUUUGAACCUCAGAAUAACCAGACAGUGACAGCCCAGUGUGUCAUGGGAUUGAUCAACGGGGUCAGCGGCUUUCUAGCAAACCUACCCGCCCUCCAUAAUGACAAAGACAUCCUCUCUCUAAUCCAGUUAAUAGUAAAUAAAACCAUCAGUGAUGUCAUGCAAGUUGACUUCAGCUCCGAUCCCAGCGCAGCUAUCGUGCACACCUUAAACACCACCCUGGCUAAUAUCAAGAUGAGCCUUCACGUGCACCACCUCAACACUCCUGACAUCAUAAAAGAAAUCAGAAUGCUGGAGGGUUUGAUAAAGCUGGUCACCAACAUGGAACCAUAUGAAAAUAUCACCUUGAUAGAGGAUCCCCUACAUGCACAGCAAGCGUAUCUGGAGCUCAUUGGGUGGUACUUGAAAAACCUGGAAAAUAUCACCAGCAACAGUUCAGUUUCAGAGCUCCUUCAUCCCCUCUUCGACAUUGCGCAUAUGCAAGUGACAUCGCAGCUGGCUCAGACAAAUUUCUCCAUUUUUGUCAGUGAGAAGGUAGAGUUCCUGGUAAACAGCCUCCAGUACCCUAUAAAUGGAGAUGGGGUGAGGGAAAUUGGCCAGGCAGCAGUUGAGCUCAUUCGCCGUAUGUUGGAUUACAUCAGGUUCAACAUAGAAAUUCAGAAUAACACCUACGGUUUUGAUCAACUGGUCAACACAACCCUUCUUCAUUCAACCGAGCAUCAAAUCAAACUCUACCUUGACCUCAUCGAGCAGUGGAUGAAACAGCCCAGCGUCCCAUCACUCCUGACCAGUAUGCUCCAGUGGGGGAACUCCUCCAUGACAGCAUCCGUCCCUGUGGAAGAUCUCCAUCACUUAAUGGAGACAAUGCUGCAUUUUGCCAGUGAUGAUCAACUGGCCUAUCUCUCCAUGAUAAACAACAUCACUCAGUCUUUGAGCAAAGUCCUAAUGGUGGCAGAGCAAACAGGUGGCCUACAGAGUGAACACUUGGCGGCUGCAAUCUCAGAAAUAGUCCAAAGGGCAAUGCAGGUGUUGACCACUUUUGUGGCCCCACUUCCACCUGCUGUAGAGGAGGACAUCCUGGAGAUUGUGCAAGAUUCACUAAAUCUCAUCGUCAAUGCAAACAUGAGUUUUGCCUCAUCACGCAACAUCUCCCUACUCAUCCUGAAGAGAGCUGAGAGAGUCAUCCAUCAGAUAAUACCAGAAAUGUUUGCAGAAUACCUGAUUAUGGGGAUCAGAGUCAUCACUACGUAUUUUGAGAGCGCAGAGGAAGUCAGUGGAGUGGAUCAGUGGAAUCAGAUAAUUUUGAAUGAAAUGAUGACAGUCCAGAGCUUCCUGCCACCAAACAGCACAGCCCAGGCCUACGUCUCCACCCUCAUUAACAUCACUCACUUCAUCCUGGAUUCUGGCCAAGGCAACAUGAGUCUCUGGACAAGUUUUGCUGGUGCAUCGCUUGAGACGUUGCCAGAAAUUAUUGGCCAGAUGAGCAAACUCUUCAGCAUGUUUUGGCAACUUGUUAUGGGAGGCACAGGCUCACAUGCAGUGGCUCCGUCUCUGGAGGGAUUUGCUCAUCUUGUUCCAGUUCUGGAGCAGGUAAUGACCGGGAAGGCAAACCAAAGCACAUGGGAAAAACUGGAAGAGUUGCUGAAAACCAUCCUGUCAACCUUCGAAGGAACAGAUGUGUGGAACGACACCACAAACGCGAUACCCCUGCUUGAAAAAGCCAUCGAAAGGGUGGUGAAGAACACGCACGCAGAGAAUGAGAUGAUUCUAAGCCUCCAGAUUCCUGUGAUCAUCCUGAUAAAGGACAUCGCAGCGACUGUGAACGCCAGUAACAUUAACUUGUCUGAACUCUCAGAGGAAAUGCAGCAUGCCAUUGAUCACACAGUUCAAGCAGCCCAACAGGCAAAUGGCACAUUGAAAUGCAGCGAGGCUCUCAAAAUAUGGGAGUCUGUUAGAGAGACAGCAGAGUUAAAUGAUACUUCAUUCGCCAUGUGGUGUGCCAUCAGCCUGCAGCCUGUUUUGGAGGCCUAUGCUGAAACUCAGACUGUCUACUCCCACCUGAACAUGAGCCACAUGGGUGUGGGACCCAUGAGUGUGAGUGAUGCUGCUGGCAGGAUUGUCAAAACAGUGCAGUCCCUGUAUGAAGUGAGCAUUAACCGCACAAUGGUGAUGCAGGAGUUCAUCAUGACUUUCUCCAGCCUGUUCUCUGAGCUGACGGGCCAGACUCUGAGCCUGGAGGCCCAGAUGAACUGGUACAAGCAGCUACAGGACAUGCAGCUGCAAAACAGUUUGUCUUCCAUCGAACAGCUGUCAGAUGAGCUGCUUGCUGUGGCUCCUUUCCUACGGCCGUACACUGAAGCUACACUCAAAGCACUGAGCUACGUCCUGGACAACUACCACCUGGUUGAAAACAGCAGCACAAGUCAGGACCUCUUUGGAGAAGCGGCAAUGAUCUUUCUAACCUCUGCAAACAUCACCUCAAAUGACAUCUUCUCCAUAAUGUGGGGAAAUCCUUCCGGAGUAAACAAGACUCUUCUAACUGAAAUGAUAAGGGACGCUAUCGAACUGAUGAUCGACAUGAACGUUUUUGGAGAUUCGCCCAUGAUUUACCAUGAACUUGAGAAACUUCUGGCAUCCAACGACACAAGCUUGAUGGUGGAGAAUCUGGUUGAGAUGUCUCUGUGGCUGGCCUCAACUAAAGCCACUGGAGUGGAUCUGCUGAGCCAACUGCUGCCCAAAAUGUAUGACGUCCUCAGGCCUCUGUUGUCUGUCCUGACUGGGAUGAACGUGCAGCUGCCACCAGGAGCAGAACUCUUUGAAGACCUUGCUGGAAACAUUAUUGCAAUGUUUAGGCAACUGGUAAGCACCAGUGGUCUUCUGCCCAACAUGGACCAGCAGGUUGGUGCGUAUCACUCAGAAAUGGCAGGCGGUCACCACAUGAUGAGGGUUAGGCAAAGACGCGAUCUUUCAACGAUGAUGACAAGAAAUCCCAUGGAUGACAUCGUAGACUUGUUCUACAUCGACUACCCAGCUCUGUUCAGAUCCAUCUCUGAGCCUCCCACCACGACAGAAAUGAUGGAGACGGUUCACGUGCUCUUCUCCAAUCCUGAUCUGAAUGUUGUGAUGAAGGGACUGACGAGUGACAUGCCGUGGGCUUUGAAUGCCUCUCGGGAGGAAACCAUCGACGCUGCUCUUGGGAUGUUCUCCUACGUCACUCACCCUGGCAUGUCUGAGACGCCAUCAAUGGAUCUCCUUGUGGAUGCAGUCAACAUACUUCCUGAUGGCUUUCCGUUCUCCUCUGAGAUUAAGAAUAUUACCACAAUGCUAGCCAUGGAAUCUCAAGAGACGCUGCUUCUUUUGCAGAAGACGUUCCAAACAACUGCUGAACUCCUUCAGAUCAGCCCAACAGACCCGCGCUUCACAGAGAAACUACGCCUCCUGAGAUCCCAGGUGUGUGCCCUGGAGAACACAGAGUCUAUGCAGCUGCUGGUGUCGACCCUUUCCAUCGAGCCGGGUCAGCUCUGUCACACUUUUCUGCCCAGCCUGCAGAUCUUGGCUGAGAGUCUGCUGAUGAACUCAUCUUCAAUGUCCGAAGUCCUCUUCCAGACUGUCGUCGGAGACCCGAGGAGCUACGAUGUCCAGACAAACUGGACAUCUUUGUUGAGCCAAGGGUUGGGCUUUAACACAAGUGACCUGGAUCCUCUCCACAUCAACUUCACCUCUCCAGGGAUGGUGACCUUCGGAGAGCUGCUGAAGAACAGCACAGCAUUUGUUCAGGACAUGGAGCAAUACACAGACUUUAAUCCUGCAGCUCUUCACCUGCUGAUGGGCGCCACACUACCAAACAACAGUCUGGAGAUCCUGGCCUGGUUUACAAACCUGCAUUACUGCAACACCAGAAGGACCAUGAAGAUGGAACAGGCAGAUAUGAUUCUUCUACAGACUUUCUGCUCCAUGUCAGUUGAAGAGUGGUACAAGUUCUCACUGCUGAUGGUCCAACAUCUGAACAUGGAGAAAUUCCUCUACAGACUGGUGUUGUCUGAGGAGACGCAGAUGGCGGUGGGAGUCAUUCUUAAGGUGGCUGAGGUUCUCACAGACAUGAUGGACAAGAUCAUUCCGGCUGUUAGUCAACUGCAAAGCUAUCUGCGCUCCAUCGAAGAUCUCAACCUGGGAGCCAAUAAUGAAUUUCACCAGAUGGCAAGAGGACAGAGGGCCAGCAUUUCUAGCAGAGCUACAUUUGUGACCCUCUCCCGUGCUCUGUGUAGUAACGGUAUCCUGGCUCUGUUUGGGAUCUCCAAAAUCCCUGAAAUAUCAGAGUCAAGCCCGUCCUUCAACCACCAGCAGAGAGAGGAGAUGAUCGAGAGGUUCAAGAUUCCACGAAAUGCCACUCCCUUCUGUACGAACAUGUACCUGGACAUGGUGAACACCACAGGAGGCGCUAUCGCCUGGGCCUUCCUCAAACCCAUGCUGAUGGGGCAGAUCCUCUACACACCUGACACACCCACAACCAGGGCCAUAAUGGAGAAGGCCAAUACCACCUUGCAGGAGUUUGCAAAUCUGAGGGAAAAUUCUGAGGACUGGAUCGAAUCCUCCAAAUACAUCAUAAGGUCUGCCGAAUUACUCGGCACCACUUUGCCUAUGCUGCAGAAUUCCCUCGGCAAUUCCUUUGUGAGAAAUUUCAUUGAGAUGCAGACAAACAUCAAUGUUGACGGAAUGAAGGAAACGCUCAACAGCUUCUCUAAUAUGACAGAAAUGAUGGAGAAGAACAAACACAUACUUGGUCAGAUCACCACCCUGUCCAAUCUGAUGGUGAAACUCUCCUCCUGCAUCAAGUUUGACCGUUACCAUGGCUACGACUCUGCUGAGGAGCUCAACAACGAGGCUCAGGAGCUGGCCAAAAACCGUGAACUCUAUGCAAGUGUCAUCUUCAAGCUUCCUGAGGAUUCAUCCAGGAAGCGCGAGGCCAGAUCCUCCUCCUCGUCCGCAUCGUCCCUGCCUCCUAAAGUCAGCUACACCAUCCGCAUGCACAUGGACAACGUCAUGCGUACUGACAGAGUGCGAAACCCCUACUUUGUGAAGGACACGCACAUCUCCGCCAGUCAGACGAUGCGCUACAACCGCGGAUUCAUCUACCUGCAGGAGAACAUUGAUCGAGCCAUCAUCGAAACCCAGACAGGGCACAGAGUCACAGACCCAGCAGUACAGCUGCAGCCCUUCCCCUAUCCAUGCUUCCUGCGAGAUGAGUACCUGGAGGCUGUCUCUUUUGUCUUCCCCCUCAUGCUGAUGAUAGCCUGGGUGUUGUUCGUGGCUGAGUUUGUGAAGAAACUGGUGCAUGAAAGAGAGCUGAGACUGCAUGAGUACAUGAAAAUGAUGGGAGUCAAUCCGCUCAGCCAUUUCUUCGCCUGGUUCCUGGAGUGUGCCGGCCACCUGCUGUUGACCAUCCUCAUCCUCACACUGGUGCUGAAGUAUGGCGACAUCCUGCCCAACAGCGACGGCUUCCUCAUUUUCCUGUACCUCUGUGACUAUGGCCUGACUAUCAUAGCCUUCAGUUUUCUGGUCAGCUCCUUUUUUGACAAAACCUACAUCGCUGGCCUGAGCGGGAGCCUCCUCUACAUCCUCUUCUUCUUCCCCUUCAUUGUGGUCAUGGCCCUGGAAACCAAUCUAACCUUUUCCCAGAAGAGCGCCCUGAGUUUGUUUUCUCCAACCUGCUACAGCUACGCCAGUCAAUACGCUUCUCGCUACGAGUCCCAAGGAGAAGGAAUUCAGUGGAGCAAUGCAUACAUGUCACCCAUUCCUGGAGACACAGGCUCGUUUGGUUGGCUGUGUUGGCUCAUGCUCAUCGAUUCCAUCCUGUAUUUCAUCAUCGGGGCUUACAUUCGCAUGGUUUUCCCUGGAAAAUACGGCAUCCCUGCUCCGUGGUACUUCCCCUUCAAACUCUCCUUCUGGGCUGAUCUGUGCUGUUGCAUUCAGUCAAAGAGCAGUGUGGGGAAAGGGCUCCUGUUUAGCAACAUCAUGCAGAAAAGCCAACCCGUCUUCUCUGAGGAUAAAGGAAAAGGCAAGAGCGCUCUUUCCUACAACGCUGGGGAGGAUCUCUCAGCGCUCCCAGUGGGUGUCGCACUCCACGGUCUCACCAAGGUCUACGGCGACCAGGCAGCCAUCCAGAACCUAAACAUCUCCUUUUAUGAGGGCCACGUCACCUCAUUGCUCGGCCACAAUGGAGCUGGCAAGACCACCGCCAUGUCUCUUCUGACCGGCCUUUAUGCCCCCUCGUCGGGCACCAUCGAGGUGUAUGGCAACGACAUGCAGACAAACAUCGACAAAGUCCGCAAAGAACUGGGGGUCUGCAUGCAAUACGACGUCCUGUUUGACCACAUGACCACCAAGGAGCACCUGCUGCUGUACGGCCAGAUCAAGGCGCCUCACUGGUCUCGCAGAGAACUGCAUGAACAAGUCCGGACGAUCCUGGAGGAGACGGGGAUGCACGCUCACAGACACAAGCGUGUGGGCUCUUUGUCAGGGGGCAUGAAGCGCAAGCUGUCGAUCUCCAUCGCUUUCAUCGGAGGCUCCCGUUUGGUGGUUCUGGAUGAACCCACCACAGGAGUGGAUCCCUGCUCCAGGCGCAGCAUCUGGGACAUUGUUAUCCAACAUAAGAGCAACCGCACCAUCAUCAUGUCCACCCACCACCUGGAUGAGGCUGAAGUGCUGAGCGACCGCAUCGCCUUACUUGAGAGAGGAGGAUUAAAAUGCUGCGGAUCACCCCUCUACUUGAAAGACAAGCUGGGUCAAGGCUACAAACUCACCCUCACCAAGAAGAUUCAAAACGCAGAGUCUGAGCAGUUUGACAGUGCUGAACUCAAGGCGUUUAUUCAAGCACAUGUAACUGGAGCACAUCUGAAGGAGGCCCAAGGGAGCGACAUUGUCUACUCACUGCCCCCCUUCACCUCAUCCAAUGCCUCCUCAUAUCGCUCUCUCCUGACGGCACUGGACGCCAACCUGGAUGACCUACAGCUGGGAGGCUAUGGCAUCUCUGAUACCACACUAGAAGAGGUGUUCCUCCAGUUGACUAAUGGACCUGAAGGGAUUUAUGCAAAGGACGGGCCAGUGACUGUCUCUGAGACCGUUUCUGACUCCGCAUCCAUUGACAGCUUCCCUUCAGAUCUCCCUGAAAGUUGUUCCAACCUUGGUGACAAGAUGAAUCUUGCCAGCUCGUCCUCGGUGAGCGGCGUGGCUCUGGCCUGGCAGCAGAUGACAGCCGUACUCAUCAAGCGGUUCCACCACAGCCGUAGAGACUGGAAGGGCCUUCUCUCCCAGAUCCUGCUCCCUGUGGUCUUUGUGGCGUUUGCGAUGUGCCUGGGCUCUAUCAGGAGCGACCUGCGGCACUAUCCCGAGCUGGAGCUUAGCCCUGCGCUGUACAACAUCGGGCCGGCUUACUCUUUCUUCAGUAACCAAAACCCUCAAUCCAACCAUCUGGUGGACACCAUGAUGUCAUUCCCUGGGAUCGAUAAUGCCUGCCUCGAUAAGUCUGAUAACCAGGUUUGUACAAGAAGCAAAAACAAGUGGAGCUCCAGAGGGAACAACUCCAAACCGUUCAGUGUCUGUAAAUGCACUCGACAAGAGCAGAUUUGUAGUGGGGACAACUUCCAGCCCCCCCACAAGAAGAUCCCUUCAUCUCAGACCGUCUAUAACCUGAACGGAAUCAAUGUGGAGAACUACUUGGUGGCCACAGCCAAUGAUUUCAUCAGGAACAGGUAUGGUGGCUUUGCUUUUGGCAUGCCGCUCCCAGCUGACUUACAAAUGGACCUCAGGGCAGUACCCAAAAAACGAACGCUGUCUAAGGUCUGGUUCAACCCCGAGGGGCACCACUCAAUGCCAGCAUACUUGAACAGCCUCAAUAACCUGAUCCUGCGCUCCAAUAUUCCCGCAGAAAAAGAUCCAAAUCAAUAUGCAAUCUCGGUUUCCAGUCACCCCUAUUUUGGCCGGGCAGAUGAUGAAGAUGCAAUUGUCCAGGGAAUGCUGCAGAUCCUCGUGGCUAUGUGUGUGCUGACAGGUUAUUCAAUUACAACCGCCAGCUUUGCCAUCUAUGAAGUUAAUGAGCACCACAGCGGCUCCAAGAGGCUCCAGCACAUUGCUGGCAUAAGUGAAGCCUUCUACUGGAGUGUGAACUUCUUCUAUGACAUGGUCAUGUAUCUGAUCCCCGUGACUCUGACCGUUGCUGUGAUCGCUGCCUUCCAGAUUCCAGCAUUUACAGAUCGCCAAAAUUUGGCUGCAAUCACCCUCCUUCUUGUGCUCUUUGGGUUUGCUACCUUCCCCUGGAUGUAUCUGCUAUCAGGUGUCUUCAAAGAUGCAGAGAUGGCCUUUAUCACCUAUGUGUGCAUCAACCUCUUCAUCAGCGUCAACACCAUCAUAUCCACCUCUGUGUUUUACUUUCUGGGUCAAAUAUCAAUGCUCAACCCAGAGGUCAUCCAGGACAUCUUCAAGAAGCUGAGCCAUGCCUUCCUCAUCUUCCCCCAGUUCAACUUUGGGAAUGGGCUGAUGCAGCUGGCCAGAAUGAAUAUAGAGGUCCAGAUCCUCAGCGGCUACGGGAUUGACCCAUAUAUAAACCCAUUUUCCACAGAGAGCUUGGGCUGGAUGUUCAUCUCUUCCUUCAUCCAAGGCCUGGUCUUCUUCACCUUGCGCCUCUUGCUUAACAAAUCUCUAAUGCGCAAAGUUAGGCAUCUAAUUAUGGGCAGAAAGACCGUGCCCCAGGUGACCCUUGAGGAUGAGGAUGAAGAUGUGGCAACGGAGAAUCUGCGGGUGUCCACUGGUGCAGCCAGCUCUGACUUACUGCAGGUCAACCAGCUCUCCAAGAUCUAUGAACAUCUCAAGAACAAGGUUUAUGCGGUCAACCGGCUGUCAGUAGGCAUCCCUGCUGGAGAGUGCUUUGGCCUGCUGGGGGUGAACGGUGCAGGAAAAACCACUACCUUCAAGAUGCUGACUGGAGAUGUUAGUCCAACAGAUGGCUCUGCACAGAUCAGGGACUACAACGGGCGGUUGGUGGACAUCAUGGAGUGCCGAAACAAAGGAAUUAACAUCGGCUACUGUCCCCAGGAGGAUGCGCUUGAUGCUCUCCUCACUGGAGAAGAGCAUUUGUACUUCUAUGCUCGCAUUCGUGGCAUCUCAAAACGAGAGAUAGACGGGGUGGUGAACUACCUACUGAGGAGACUGGAGCUGAAUUACCACAGAAACAUCAUUACUGAUGGUUACAGCUGCGGCACCCGCAGGAAGCUCUCCACUGCACUGGCUCUCGUUGGGCAUCCACAGAUCCUGCUCCUGGAUGAGCCAAGCUCUGGCAUGGACCCUCACACCAAGCGUCACCUGUGGAAAAUCAUCUCUGAAGAAGUGAAAGGAAAAUGUGCUGUGGUCCUCACCUCUCACAGCAUGGAGGAGUGUGAAGCACUGUGCAGCCGCCUUGCCAUCAUGGUGAAAGGUCAGUUCCGAUGUCUGGGUUCCCUGCAGCACAUUAAGAACAGGUUCGGCAGCGGGUUCACUGUGAAGAUGUACUUGGCCGAGGCCUCAUAUGAUGCAGAGGCAAUCACUCGCUUCAUGCAGCGCAGGUUCCCAAGCACUUAUCUCAAGGAGCAACACUCCACCAUGGUGGAGUACCACGUACCGGUUGCUCCUGGAGGAGUUGCUGACAUCUUCGACCAGUUGGAGUCCAACAAGAAUGCCCUGCAGAUCAAACACUUCUCUGUGAGCCAGACAACCCUGGAUGAGGUCUUCAUCAAUUUUGCCCUGGGAAACAUUGGCAUGGAAACCAUUCCAAUUCAAGACGAGGACAACUGUGAAGGCCUGGACUCCAUUAAGGCAGUGCAAACAUAAAGCCAUACUGUAUAUUAUAUAUAUAGAUAUAUAUGCAAAAAAAAAGAUAUAUGAAGUAAGAAUUUGAACUGUUCAUGUCUUAAAACACCUGAUUAUUUCUUGAAAGUAUCUUGACUGAUCACAUGAAAUGUAAAUGUCAUUUCUAAUCUUAUCACCAAAUCAAAUUAAUGAGAAGCAGAAGAGCACAUGCACUUUUGUGGUCAAGCACAGAUGAAAUGAAUAAAUUGUUCUCAUGUUUAUUUACUGUUCUCCAAUCCUAUAAGUUACAUGACUUCUUUGCUAUGUUUACCUUUGAUUCCUCAGAUCUUAAAUGAAGUUUUUUUUUCCUCUUUUUUUGUUCUUUGGGUAAUGUACCACAAGGUACCACAAGGUACCACUAGAAUAUUACAUUAUUUUUCUUGAGAAGCCACUACCACAUAUAGUGGCUUUAAUUGUAGCCAAUAAAUGAAAAAUAUCCACUCUCAAAACUUAAGAUGCACUUUUCUCUGUCUUAUUAAUGUUUGCUUAAGGGCAUGUUUCACUUUUAUUGAGUGAUUAUUGAAUUUUAAUACACUUUUCUGCUCAUGGACAACUCCCACAUGAUAUUGAAUGUACCAUGCCUAUUUUUAAUAAUCUGAAUAAUAAAACUGUUUUUCAAAUGUU